AUGAAUGUCCUUAUCUACAACGGCCCUGGUACUACACCUGGUUCAGUAAAACAUGUUGUGGACUCAUUGCGUUUAUUCUUAGAACCAUAUUAUGCUGUUAGUACUGUAUCAGCAAAGGUAUUAGAGACUGAACCAUGGAUGACGAAAACUGCAGCAGUAGUAUUUCCAGGAGGUGCAGACCUUCCCUAUGUCAAAGAAUGUAAACCAAUCAUCCCGUUAUUAAAGCAUUUUGUCUCGAAGGAAGGUGGUAUCUAUAUUGGCUUUUGUGCUGGUGCAUACUUCGGUUCGAGCCGUGUUGAAUUCUGUGUGGGAAAUCCAACGAUGGAAGUAUCAUCCAAUAGAGACUUACAAUUUUUCAAAGGUAUUGCUCGAGGUCCAGCAUUCAAUGGCUUCCAAUACCAUAGUGAAGCAGGUGCAAGGCCUGCUAAGUUACGUCUACAAGAUGGUUCAGUUUUUUCCACAUAUUUUAAUGGCGGGCCUGUAUUUGUUGAUGCAGAUCAUUAUGAAAAUGUAGAAGUCUUGGCCCAUUAUGCUGAAAAAGUGGAUACUCCAUAUUCAGAUAAUGGAAAAGGUGGUGAACCAGCUGCUAGCAUACUAUGUACAGUUGGGACAGGAAAAGCUUUAUUAGUCGGGGCACAUCCAGAAUUUGUUCCAAGUGUCCUAGAAAAAUCAGAAGAUAAGAAAUUUGUGUCAUCAGUUGUCUCUAUUCUGAAGAAAAAUGAAACGAAAAGAUUAGAAUUUAUGAGAUACAUCUUGUCGAAAGCUACUCUAAAAUGCAAUUCAACACUCCAGAAUGCAAAACUGCCAGAUUUGACACCGAUACUAGCAAUUGCAUCUCCUCAUAAUAAGAAUCUUAUUGGACAAUGGAAAGAUAAUUUAAAGAAUAUAACUGAUAAAGAACUACCUACAGAAAAUCAGGUUAACUUUAAAGACGAAAAUGAUAACUUUGAACUAUAUAAUGGAUUCACCAAUUAUGAUUUGGCAACUCGUCCUUUGGUGAACAAGGAUGUUAAUGCUGAUGUGAAAACUAUAAUAGUUCCAACUCAGGAUGAACUUUUCCCUCCUCCAGCUUUGACUCCGUCAUUCGAUAUAUCUAAGUAUUUUGCCACAUUAAGUCCUGCAAAUACCCUAGGUUCGUUCCUUCUAUAUGGUGAAGUUGUUACUUCCACAAGUGAGCUUCUAAAUACCAAUAAGUCACUUUUAUCGUCUCUCCCCGAAAAUACCGUCCUCCAUAUUGGAUCUCUACAAAUUUCUGGUCGAGGCAGGAGUGGGAACUCAUGGGUAAAUCCCAAGGGAGUAUCAGCAUCAACAGCUGUAGUUUCUUUACCUCUUCAAUCUCCAACUACUGGUGAUAACAUAUCUGUCGUUUUUGUUCAAUAUUUGUCUAUGUUGGCUUACUGUGAGGCAAUCGCAAACUAUUCUCCUGGUUAUGAAGAUCUUCCUGUUAGAAUAAAAUGGCCAAAUGACUUAUAUGCAUUGAAGCCUGACUACUAUUAUGAAAAAAAAAUGAGUCUCUUGGGGAAGUCUUUCGAUCCUAGCUUAGUUCCUUUGACUGAUAUUGACCCAGCUUAUGCUAAAAUAGCCGGUUUACUUGUGAAUACCAAUUUCAUCAAUAAUAAAUAUUCUUUGUUAAUAGGGUGUGGUUUGAAUGUUACAAAUUCAGAACCAACUACGUCAUUAAAGCAAUGGGUAGAUAUUUUGAAUGAAGAACGUAGGGUUAAUGGGCUCCCAGCAUUGCCGAAUAUUGAAGUUGAAAUAUUAUUGGCGAAGUACAUGAAUAAUUUAGAGGUUCUAUUGAAACAAUUUAUUGACCGUGGUGCAGCAAUUAUCCUUCCACAAUAUUAUAAUCUCUGGUUGCAUAGUGAACAAAUUGUUACAUUAACUUCAUUAGGAAAUAUAAGGGCCAAAAUUUCAGGAAUCACACCUGAUUAUGGUCUAUUAAUCGCCAAGGAAUUAGUCUCUGGAAGCGACUCAGAUUUUACAGGAAAUGUUUAUCAUUUACAACCUGAUGGUAACACAUUUGACAUAUUCAAAGGACUCAUUGCUCAAAAAGCCAUCUGA